AUGGCUCAAGAAAUCCAACUCCACACUCCCACACCACCACCACCACCACCACCACAACAACAAUCACCACCACCUUCAACCUCUCCGGCCACAAAACCCAAAACAAAAACCCUCACACUCCUUCCUCUCGUCUUCAUCAUCUACUUCCAAGUCUCCGGGGGCCCCUACGGAGCCGAAGACACCGUUCACGCUGCCGGUCCACUCUUAUCCCUUGUUGGCUUCCUCCUCCUUCCCUUCCUCUGCUGCCUCCCUGAAGCCCUCAUCACCUCUGAGCUCACCUCUGCCUUCUCCUCCUCCAACUCUGGCUUCGUCCUAUGGGCUUUCCAAGCCUUCAACUCCCCUUUCACUGCCUCCUUCACCGGCUUUCUCAAGCUCCUCAGCUCUACCAUAAACUCCGCCACCUUCCCCAACCUCUGCUCUGACUAUCUCUCCUCCACCUUCCCUUCUCUGGCUUCCGGCGUUCACCGUUCCCUCUUCAUCACCAUCCUUAUCCUUCUCCUCUCCUUCAUCAACUUCACAGGCCUAGACGUCGUCGGUUACUUCGCUAUCGCUAUCGGAAUCAUCUCCCUUCUUCCCUUCGUUCUCAUGACGUUCAUCGCUACUCCGGCUGUGGUUCCGGCGAGGUGGACGGCGGUGAGGAAGAAGAUUGAUUGGGGUCUUUAUUUGAACACUUUGUUUUGGAACUUGAAUUAUUGGGACAAUGCCAGCACCCUCGCCGGCGAGGUUCAGAACCCUCAGAGAACUUUUCCGGCUGCCAUGCUCUUCGCCGGAGUACUCACUUGUGUUUCUUAUUUUGUUCCGUUGCUCGCCGUCACCGGCGCCCUCUCCGUCUCCGAUGAUCGAUGGAGUGAUGGUUUCUUUGCUGAAGCUGCAGGGAUGAUAGGAGGGAAAUGGCUGAAGAUAUGGACACAAGCAGGAGCAGUGUUAUCAGCCAUUGGACUUUAUGAAGCUCAACUCAGUAGUAACACCUUCCAACUCUUAGGAAUGGCAGAGCUUGGCCUCCUCCCCAAAGCCCUCUCCAAAAGAUCCAAAUGGUUCAACACUCCAUGGCUCUCCAUCUUGAUUUCAACUCUAAUCACUCUCAGCAUCUCAUUCCUUAGCUUCUCCCACAUCAUUGCCUCUGCUAACUUCCUUUACAAUCUUGCCAUGCUCAUCGAGUUUGCCGCCUUUAUUCGACUCAGAAUUAAGUUCCCUGAGCUCAAAAGGCCUUAUAAGGUUCCGAUGGGGACUGCCGGAGUGAUCGGCAUGUGCGCCGUGCCCUCGGUCAAAAGAGUGUUUUAA